AUGGCCUCUACUAUGGUUUCAAGUAGGUUGUUUGCUCUCUUUGUAUUGAGCCUGCUGAGUUGCAGAGUGCAAGCCCAGCUCUCAACAACCAGCUUCUAUGCUCGCAGUUGCCCAAAGUUGCAGAGCAUUGUGAGCUCAACCAUGGCCAAAGCAGUGGCGAAUGAUUCUCGCAUGGGUGCUUCCAUUCUUCGACUUUUCUUUCAUGACUGCUUUGUUAAUGGUUGUGAUGCUUCAGUUCUUCUUGACGACAGCUCAACUUUCACCGGUGAAAAGAACGCGUUCCCAAAUCAAAACUCUCUCCGGGGAUUUGAAGUCAUCGACACCAUCAAAUCUCUUGUGGAGGCCUCCUGCAAUGCAACAGUGUCUUGUGCUGACAUUCUCGCCCUUGCAGCUCGUGAAGGUGUUAUUCGGCUGGGUGGACCGUCAUGGACGGUGGCUCUCGGUCGCAGGGAUUCGACGACGGCGAGCCAAAGCGCGGCAAAUAGCAAUCUCCCAAGCCCAGCCUCGAGCCUCUCAACGCUCAUCUCCGCCUUCGCGGCGAAGAAUAUGAGCCCUCGCGACAUGACUGCGCUUUCCGGUGCUCACACCAUCGGACAGGCCCGCUGCACCACCUUCCGAUCUCACAUCUACAAUGACAACAAUAUAAAACCUAACUUCGCCGCCCUUCGGAAACAAAACUGUCCAUCUUCGGGCGGCGACAGCAACUUGGCACCACUGGACCUGCAGACCCCAAACCGGUUCGGGAUCGAUUAUUACCAGAACUUGGUGGGACGUAGCGGGCUGCUGCAUUCCGAUCAGGAGCUCUUCAACAAUGGGAGUCAGGAUUCAUUGGUGAGACAGUACAGUACUAAUACUCAGUUGUUCUUCAGCGAUUUUGCUGCAGCUAUGGUAAAGAUGGGAGCCCUCAGUCCGCUUACGGGCUCCAACGGUCAGAUUCGUUUGAACUGCAGGAAGGUCAAUUAA